AUGCCAUACGCAGGACCAGCUGAAGACAAUAACAAUAUUACAAUUUCUUCUUCAUACAAUGCUUCCAAUAUCGAAACCACUUCAAGACAUAAAUUUUCAUCGUCUUUUCAACCAGAAUUCUUAACAGCUUCUUCAAGACGUAAAUCUGCUCCCGAGUUUUUAAAACCUUUACUAAUCCCACAAAAAAAUUUUCAACAUGAAGAUGAUCAAUUAAUAAUUAUAAAAAAAAAAAAUGGUGAUAUAGUUAAACCUUCCCUAAAGAAAAGAUCAAAAUCUGAGCCUAAUACUCCAAUACUACCAAAAUAUGUUCAUUUCAACGCCGAUCUAGAACAAAUACGUCUAUUCAGAGAAGCUCAAGAACCUCAAGCUGUCAAACCUGAACUAACCAUCACCCUACCAAAUAUGCCUCCAAUAACAACAUUACAUAGUUCCAAGCCUGUAUAUGUCGAUUCUAUAUUCUUGUCAAGAAAUAAAAAUAAAUUACAAGGUCGUAUAAUGGUGCAAAACAUCGCUUUCCAUAAACUGGUUGAAGUCAGAUACACUUUUGAUUUCUGGCAAACUGUAUCAGAAGUUAAAGCUACCUAUGCAGAAGGUGUAGCUGAAAAAGACAAAGAUAGUUUCGAUGUUUUUAUAUUCUCGAUAGAAUUAUUCGACAAUUCAAGAAAUCCCAUUGAUGGAAAAACGAUGUAUUUUGCUGUGCAUUAUAAUGUUAGUAAUCGUGACUAUUGGGAUAACAAUUCUGGUUCAAACUAUCGAGUAAAUUUCAAAAAAGUAAAGAAAUCGUCGUCAUCAUCGCAGGGUAACCACCAUUGUCAUCAAAAUAAUAAUAUUAAUAAUCAAGGAUCAUUACCUAUUGCUAUUGCUACCAAUUCAUCAUCAUCAAGAAAAUGGCCAAUAAUACCUUCAACACCAGUGAAUCAUCUUCCAAAAAAAAGUUUAAGUUAUGACUGUCAUUCGCCACCAAAUUCUAACACUCGUACUUCAAUAGCUGAUUCAAGAAAAAAUGGAGUUGCGGGCCGUUAUGAUAUUGGAGUAUCAUUAUCAGCAGCUCAAAAUAUCCCACCAACAACAUUAUCAUCACCGAUUUCUUCAUUUACACGAACUAAUUAUUGUUAUCAAACACCAUACUUUCCAGCAAUUUCAUGUGAUGCUUAUAAAUCAUUUUCUUCAGGAAGUUGUUACAUUGAUGGUAUGCCAGUCACAACAGAAACAGCGCCAUUAUCAUCACCAUCACUUCAAUGGGAAGGUUCGCCUAAAAAAUCAUUUGGUGGGUUUCCAUUAAUGUCAUCAAAUCCAAUAGCAAUACCAACCACAAAAUCUUCAAGUUCUUAUUAUGAUCAUUUUGUUUCACAAUAUUGUUUCUCAUCUGGCUCACCUUGUGCAACCGCUGCUUUAGCCUCUUCGCCAUAUGCUAGCUCUCCACCAGUAAUGUAG